AUGGCUGCAUCUAGAGAGUUUAUCAUCUGUUGCCUCUUAACAUUCCUCUUAUGCAAUUUCUUCAUGAGAGUCGAGUACGCUGCUGCUGAAGUCAGCAAAGGAGGAUGUGGCGGCGAGGGCAGUCUCCGGGACGAUAAUGAGCGGUGUGUGGAGGAGGUCAAAGAUGACGACGACGAUGACGUGGAUGAUGUUUACAAAGUCAUCAACAAGAUGAGGAUAUAUGCUUGA